ACGCUAUGGUGCCACGGAGCGUUUGGCCUCCGUGAAGCUGCAGCACAUGGCAGCCGCAGGUGAAUGACAGAUAAGGGUUUCGUUCAAAAAACCUUGUCGUGCUCUCCACGAACAGACUACUAUCAAGGUACUGAGGAGACUUUGCAGCGUGAGACUAUGUUUUCAGAGUCAAACCGAGUUUCGGAUGUGUUCAGAAGCUUGUUGCCGUGGUUUCUCGCACUCUUGCUGGGUGUCCUAACUGCCAUUACAGGAUGUGCAAUAUCUUUGUUCUCUGACUUCCUCGGAGACACACGCUUUGGAUUUUGCUAUGGCAUUUUUUUGGCCGAUCGCAACCGAUGCUGUGGGGGAUCUGAAAAUGUCGACUUCCUCUUGGAGACGUGCAAAAAGCCUGCGAUUGGAGACGAUGGAAUCCAAUGGAUUCCAUGGGCGCACUUGCUUGAAUUCCAUGGAGGAAAGAGCAAUGGACUGUUUCUUUCUUGGUUUCAGUACACGUUCGCCUCUGUGAUGUUCACUGGAUUGGCAGCAUAUUUGGUCUAUGAAUACGCACCCACAGCGCGAGGGAGCGGCAUUCCAGAGGUGAAGGCAGCUGUUUCUGGAUAUGAUUUGCCCCUCAGCUUCACAGGUUCCUGCCUUUUGAUCAAAACACUGGGUUUGAGUUUGGCUGUUGGUGCCGGGCUUUCCUUGGGCAAGGAGGGACCCCUCAUCCACAUUGGUGUUUGUAUUGCGUCAACCUUGCAACGUAUUUGCGGUGCAUUCGGCUGGCGGCGGGCAGGGAUGCCCUUCCAUGAGUUGGCCUGUGUUGGAGCUGCUGCCGGCGUGGCAACCGCCUUCGGAGCUCCUUUGGGAGGUGUGCUUUUCGCUGUGGAGGAGCUGGGAAGCGUUCGAAGUCUGUCGCAACGAACUUUGCUAUUGAGUUUUCUCGCAGCCUUCUCUGCAAGCUUCACCCUGAAGUCUUUAAAUUUGACUGGAACCAACAAGCUGACAUUGUUCGCCUUGUCAUUACCAACGAAUACUGCCAGAAAGGAGUGGAUUUCGUGGGAGAUGUUUGCGUUUUUCCUCACUGGAGUACUUGGAGGAUUUGGGGGUGCUUUGUUUGUCAUGCUGAACAUUCGAUGCACAUCAUGGCGAAGGGAAUCUGUGAAGAAAGGACGUGUGUGGUUUUUGCCAGAAUGCUUGGUGUCCCACAGACAGCCGGGCACUCUGAACGUCCUGGAAUGUCUCAUUCUUGCUUUGAUGACUUCCUUGUUGAGCUUUCCGUUCUCCCGCCUCCUGCGGGCAUUGAACACCGAAGCCGUUCAUGCCUUGUUCGAGACAUGUCCCAAUGCUCGGCCACAUCACUUUGGGCUUUGCGACCAAGAAGGUAAUAUGCCAAAUACAAGCUUUCCAGCCAAUGUCGGGCUGCUGGUUGCAUCUGCAGUUCGCUUUAUUCAGACAACCUACACCUUUGGCGCGGCCAUUCCCAGUGGUCUCUUCAUUCCAUCUUUGUAUAUUGGCGCCACCCUGGGUCGCUUCAUUGGCAAUCUUAUCAGCACUGUGGCCAGCUCUGUGUCCCAAUUCCCGGUGCACAUCGAACCAGCUGUGUUCGCAAUGGUAGGUGCAAUCAGCAUGCUUUCGGGCUUCUGUCGCAUGACAGUUUCCCUGGUGGUAAUCAUGUUCGAGCUCACAGGAGAACUGAACUACAUCGUGCCCUUUAUGUGUGCCGUGCUCACAGCAAAGUUGGUUGGUGACAUGAUGACGCCAUCGAUCUACGACGCACAUGCCAAGCUCAAUGGUUACAUGCCUGUGGAGGAUCAGGAAAACCUUCGAUUUGAUACUGUCUUGGCAGACAUCAGCAAGCCUUGUGCUUCUGGUGGCUCGGUGAAAUCUGGCAUUGAAGCAUUGGGUGUUCCAGCAACCCAUGUUGCGGUGCUCACACCCCAGGCACCUUUGCUCACAGCAUACUGUGCAUUUCAGCAGAAGCCUGAGUUGCAGUACUGUGUCUGCGCAGAAAGUAGAAGAUGUGGAAGGAUGAGCGUGAUCUCGCGAAAGGAGUUUGAAGAUUUUCUGACGCAGAAAGUGUUUCCACUGUCAAGGCCACGACAGGAGGACUACCAGGUACACCGGGACUUUGACGAAAUGGAUGAUGGCCCGCGCAAGUUUGGAAUGAUGAGGUUCUGGGGUCAAUCUCGAGCUGUCAAUGGACCGCGCAGGCCAAACACUUCAGUCAUAGGUGCAGCAAACCCUGUGGAGCUCCAACGCCUUGAAUCCAGUCCUGAAAGCACCAAGAAGGCAUCCAACUCUCCUGACAGCUGAAAUGAGGGCCGCGGGAUCCGCCAGGGCUGCCAAAGAAGCAGAACUGAGUUGUUUGAGCCGUUUGAGUCGUGAGUUGCUGGCUUAUGCUGGUUCUGUGGUGGAACGCAUUGAAGUAGAUGCAGUUCCGCAUGCUCCUCAAAGCUCGCAGGCCGAUCUCACUUGCACAAGGUCGAAAAGUUUGGCAGGUCUACCUGGAGCAAAGCAUUGGAGAGGAAACAACUACUCGCCAAAUCACCCAGAAGUGUCGAAGAGACACGCCGCGUUACAGGGUGUCUUGUGAACAGUAUGCUCAUGCCAUGAUGUCUCACAAGAGCUCAGGAAAGCAAGUCAGAAGGAUGAUCAGCUGAAGGCCAGAUCCAAGUGUAGAGUGUGGAGUGUAGAGUAGGACGAAAGAGAGUUUUGUUUCUUGGACAAACCGUAGGGAAACACAAAAAAGUCGUGGACAACCACACAAAAGUCGUGGAAACAGGGGCCAAAGAC